AUGAAGAGGAACUUAAGCAAGAGAACACGAAAAGUUACUAUAUUACCUUUAUCUAAGCCUAAGGAUGUUAAAAAUCAAAGGAUUGUCGAGCCUGAUUUUCAACUGCAUAAGGCUGCCUCCUGUCCUAGCUUUAUUAAGAACACAAAGUGUUCGAAAGACUUGUUACCUAUAAGAAUAAGAAAAACUUACUCAGCUAUGCUUUUGAAUAAACAAAAUCACUUUUUUAAAAGUAAACUUUUACAAUAUGAUCUUAUCCUAUUAAAUGCCCAUAAACGGUUAUCCUCCACAUAUUCUACAGUAAGCCCACCACAAAAUCCAGCAUAUAGUGCAAUUAAGAAUAUAAGCGCUACUUGUGCAUGUCCUGCGUCAUGUAAUUGCCUCCCGCCACCUUGUAACACUCCUGCUAAGUGUCUUCAAUAUAUGACAGGAUACUAUUACUACCCCUACGGAACUUGGUUUUGUGGCCCAUAUCAUGUAAAAACGGGGCCAUCUGGCCCUUGUUCUGGUCCAGUUAAUCCAUGUGGACGAUCACCUCCUUGUUCUGGUGGUCCAUGUGGACCAGCAUGCGUUGCACCUUGUGGUCCCUGUGGACCUCUAAGUUGUUGUGGAGUAUGUAGUGUAGAUGGUAAAUCUCAAUCAAAACAAGCAUAUCAACCUAAUAAUGCUUUUGUUACACAUGAUCCCUGGCAUACGUUCAAUACAUACAAUUAUAUGCACCAUCCUUACAUGCAAUAUAAUUAUAAUCCAUAUAGCUAUACUCCAUACGAUCAAUACGGUCAGUAUAAUUUAGAUAAUCCUUACUUUGGACCGGGUUAUAACGUUCCUAUUUCGCCUACACCAGGCCAAAAUCCUGUGAACGUCCCAUACCCUCAACCAGCACAAAGCUCAACCACAAAGAACUCAGCUAUCCGCUGGCCUGCAACUCCACAAAAAUCUCCAAUUAAAGAAAAUUCACCUUUACUUUCAAAUUUAAAAAGUGACAGUAUGGCAAAAAAAUUGGAUCCUAAACCAACAUAUUCCUCACCACCUUUUCCUUAUGAUACAAAACCAACUCUGAACAGAACAAAUCCCUACACAAAGCCAAAAAUUAAUGCACGUACACUAUUACCAUCGAAUUCAAUUGGUAUCUGUUAUUUCUCAACAAAAUGCAUGCAUAAAUAUAAAAAUAAUAAUAUCAAAAUAAAAUCUAAGAAGACUGUAAAUAAGCAACCCGUUCUGAAAGCAUAUAUAUCAGAAAAGUAUAAAGACAAGAAAAGGCUAAAAAAUGACUGGACUAUUUUUGAAGGCAAAUGUGAUACCCAAACACCG